AUGUCCCCACAGAAACAAGACACAUUGUUGAAGUUAAUGAUUUUAACCAUUGCCGCCAUUUUGGCUUUUUCCACCCGUUUAUUUUCUGUACUGCAAUUUGAAAGUGUUAUUCAUGAAUUUGAUCCUUAUUUUAACUAUCGUACUACCAAGUUUCUGGCUGAGAAAGGAUUCUAUAACUUCCAUAACUGGUUUGAUGACAGAGCUUGGUAUCCUUUAGGUCGUAUCAUUGGUGGUACUAUCUAUCCAGGUUUAAUGGUGACUUCAGCUAUGAUUUAUAAUUUUUUGAAUUUUCUCCAUAUUACGAUUGAUGUACGUAAUGUGUGUGUUUUUCUGGCUCCGUUGUUUGCCAGUUUUACUACCAUUGUUACCUAUAUGUUUACUAAAGAAUUGAAGGAUGCUGGUGCUGGUCUAGUGGCUGCCUCUAUGUUGGCUAUUGUACCAGGCUAUAUCUCGAGAUCUGUGGCAGGGUCGUAUGAUAAUGAAGGUAUCGCUAUCUUCUGUAUGUUGUUGACCUAUACGUUGUGGGUCAAGGCUGCUAAGACAGGGUCAGUCUUCUGGGCAUCUCUUUGUGCUCUUGCUUACUUUUACAUGGUAUCAUCAUGGGGAGGUUAUGUAUUUCUCAUCAAUCUAAUUCCACUCCAUGUUCUAGUUUUAAUGAUCACUGGUAGAUUUUCUCACAGAAUAUAUGUUGCUUACUCUUCUGUGUAUUGUUUAGGAACUAUACUAUCCAUGCAGAUCGCUUUUGUUGGUUUCCAACCUGUCCAGUCUAGUGAGCACAUGGCAGCUUUAGGUGUAUUUGGACUGUGUCAGAUCCACGCUUUUGUAGAUUAUCUACGCAGUAAGUUAACAACUGAACAGUUUAAUCUGCUGUUUAAAAGUCUAGUGUUACUGUCUGGUUCUAUAAUGUUCGGUGCUGCUGCUAUUGCUACAGCUCUUGGAAAAAUUUCACCCUGGACUGGUCGAUUCUACUCUCUAUUGGAUCCUUCAUAUGCUAAAAAUAACAUCCCCAUUAUUGCCUCUGUUUCUGAACAUCAACCUACAGCCUGGAGUUCAUUUUAUUUUGAUCUUCAACUUCUAGUCUUUAUGUUUCCUGUUGGUUUAUACUACUGUUUCUCCAAGUUAACUGAUGCUAAUAUAUUUAUUAUUAUGUAUGGUGUUACCAGUAUAUAUUUCUCUGGUGUUAUGGUACGUUUGAUGUUGGUAUUGGCCCCAGUAAUGUGUAUAUUAUCAGGUAUUGGAGUAUCAGCUGUUCUCUCUACCUAUAUGAAGAAUCUUGACGUCUCCACUAAAAAUAAAGACAAGAAAGCCAAGAAGACUGAUAAUACCUAUCCUUUAAAAAAUGAGAUUGCUACAGGAGUUAUAAUGAUCAUGACAUCAUUUUUAAUAAUGUAUACCUUCCAUUGUACCUGGGUAACAUCCGAGGCUUACAGUAGUCCGUCUAUCGUACUGACAGCUAGAGGUGGAGACAAUGGUAGAAUUAUCUUCGAUGAUUUCAGAGAGGCUUACUAUUGGCUACGACAGAAUACACAUCAUGAUGCUAAGAUUAUGUCUUGGUGGGAUUAUGGAUAUCAGAUAACAGCUAUAGCCAAUAGAACAGUUCUAGUUGAUAAUAACACCUGGAAUAAUACACAUAUAUCACGAGUUGGCCAGGCUAUGGCAUCACCAGAAGAUAAAGCAUAUGAAAUAAUGAGAGAAUUAGAUGUAGAUUAUGUUUUAGUUAUUUUUGGAGGGUUAACUGGUUAUUCUUCAGAUGAUAUCAAUAAAUUUUUAUGGAUGGUGAGAAUUGGAGGUAGUACUGAUCGUGGAGCUCAUAUAAAAGAAUCAGAUUAUUUCACCCCCCAGGGCGAGUUCCGAGUUGAUAAAGAUGGGUCUCCCAUCUUGUUAAAUUGUUUAAUGUAUAAAAUGUGCUAUUAUAGAUUUGGUUCAGUUUAUACUGAAGGAGGCAAACCUACAGGAUAUGAUCGAGUAAGAAAUACAGAAAUUGGAAAUAAAGAUUUUGAAUUAGAAGUUUUAGAAGAAGCUUAUACCACCGAACAUUGGCUGGUUCGAAUUUAUAAAGUUAAAGAUUUAGAAAAUCGUGGUGUUUAA